CACAUCAUCACGUUAUCCACACCAGAGAGCUGAAGCUGGAGCGACUGUAACCAGAGAGCAACAUCAAGAGGAAAUAUCUGCCCGACUAAGUCAUCUUCAGAAAACGACUGAGAGGAAGAAACAGCAGAAAGAUGAGUGCUGCUCAGAGUCAAACCACACUGGAGUCCCUGCAGUGCCACUUCACCUGGAACCUGGUCCGCAGCAGGCCGAAACUUUUACGCCUCACGCACAAGAUGGAGGACUUCAGCAAAGAGAAGGGAAAUCGAUGGCUGGGCCACAUUUACAACCUGUGGGGGUUCAUUCAGUAUAAGCUGGGGUUAAAUGAAGAGGCUAAGAGUUUGUUUCAGAAGGCUGCAGAGACCCUCAACAAGCUGAGAGAUGCAGAUGAGGGUCCUUGGUUAGUGGUGAACUACGGGAACCUGGCCUGGCUGCACCACCACCUGGGAGAUCUAGAGGAGAGUCAGGCUUACCUGUCAAAGGUUGAUGCCCUGAUGGAAAAAUACUCACAUGAAGAACUCCAUGCAGAGAUCUACGCUGAAAAGGCCUGGACCCUGAUGUUCUUAGGAGAGGAUAGGGAGAAGGUUGUUGAUAACUACGAGAAAGCUGCCAGGAUGCAGCCGGACAUGGUGGAGUGGAACACCAGCUAUGUCAUAGAGUCAGUCAAUGCACAUAAGCACAACAACACAAGUCUGAACCCUGACCUCUUGGACAAAAUGAGACAAGCCAAGGAACAGGAUCCAGAGAACUUGCACCUCGCUGCUCUCUACCUUCAACAAUGUCCUAAUGAAGUAGAAAACAUUCAAGAUGAAGUCCGUGAGUUGGCUGGAAAUGUGAGCACUCUGUGCUGCAGUGGCAGUGGCAUGUGGGCCUUACUAAACCUUUACAUAAAAUACAUAUCUGUUGAUGACGCCAUUGAUUUGGCAGAGAAAGUUCAGAAAGAACAUCCAGAUGUGCGUUUUCUGAAGAGAUUAGUUGCAUUCUGCUACAGAUCGAAGAUAGUUUAUAAAAGCAGAAAUGACCCUGAUCCAGAUCAAAGCACGGUGGACAGAGCAAUCGCUCUCCACGAGGAGCUGAUCUCUCUUUACCCUCAUGAUACACUCGAAAAGGAAAUAGACCUCGCAACUAUUUAUGCAAAGUCAUGUGACAGCGAGGACGAAGCUGAGCAGAUAUAUCAGGAACUGCUGGACAGAGAUCUGGAACCUGGAGAAAAACAGAUGCUUUACAACAAAUAUGCAGAUUACUUAUUCUUUGAUCGAAAAGACUCCCACAGGUCGACACAGUAUCACAUGAACGCAGCAGCAAUACCAGAAAAAUCCUACUUCCGUAAGAAAAGCAUCAGAAUCCUGGAGGAGAAGAAAGACAGAGGCAUAAUGUGCAGAGAAAUAGAGGAGUUUCUCAGAAACCUGCAAGAGCCAACGCAGUAAAGAUAGGGAGGCAAAUUUAGGGGGAACAAUUAUGUCUAAGCAAAAAAAAAAAAAACAUCUAAUUUAUCUUCUAAGAGAGAGAGAGAGAGAGAGAGACAGAGAGAGAGAGACAGAGAGAGAGAGACAGAGUUGAGAACGACUUACUAAUUCAGGACGGAGUUCCCUUCAUGACAUCACAAAGGGCAGUAGCCCCUUGCAUCCAGAGUGGAUUGAGAACAAGAAACUUCACACACAUGUUUUGAGGAGCUCUGAGACUUAUUUAAACUGGUUGAAGAGGAGGAGAAUCUGUGAUCUUUAAAUCUUACACCCUAGCUCCUGGUCGGUGUGACGUCCUCUGUAAAACACGGUCGUCAUGGUGAAUACUUAAUGAAGAAAUGUGUGAAUUGUGAUUAUCAUGUAUUUUGCUUCUGUUGUGUUUUUUCAAUGCUGUAUUUUCAGUUUUUAGAAUUAAUGAAUUUUAUAUGAAUGUGCUUCGCUUUGGAAAUUUAAAGUCCUCAUUGUUCAUGUGAAAAUGUAUUUGCUGUGACCUGAAAAUUAUAUAUUAAGAUGCUCCUGUUUGCUCAAGCUGUGUUUAAGCUUUAUACCAAUAAAUGAACAGUGUGCACACCAAGAAA